UAUUUCAUUUUUAUAGUAACAAAGUUCUAAACCAAAAGAAUCAUUUAAAUAAAAUAAAUAAAAAGGAGCUAAAACCCUAGCGUGUGUAACGACACGCGCUUCACGCGCUCUACACCCAUACCUACCUCGCCUUAUCAGUCAGACAGCGUUCAGAUUUAAUCAACUCGUUUCCUAGCUGAAAGAUCCAUGGACCUCAACACCAGGCCAUCCAUGAACCGAUGAGCGGCGUCGAUCAAUCUGAACCUGAAGACCUAGGAGCUUCCUAUUUAUCACAGGUCGGAGCCUGCUUGCCGCCGCGGCGCCGGCUUUUUGGUGAAUCGGUACUGCAGCGCUUCCUCCGACGGCAGGGCGAGAGGCGACGAGAAUGCGAUGACGUACGGGGAGGCGAGGAGGCUGAUGCGCCUGGUGGAUGUGGCGGCGCUGAAGGAUCGGUUGGGGGUGGAGGACAAGGAAGUGAUCUCCUACGCCGAGCUCUUGACCGCCUGCGAGAGCGCCGGCGUCGCCAGGUCUUCCGACGAGGCCGCCGCCUUCGCUAAGAUCCUCGACGACGCCGGCGUCGUUUUGCUUUUCCGGAACAAAGUGUACCUCCACCCUGACAAGGUAGUUGAUUUGGUGAGGAGGGCAGUGCCAUUGACACUAUUACCGGACGACGACCCAUGUUGGGACGAGUUCAAGAAGUUGCAGGAAAAGAAGGAAGAGAUCGACAUGCUGGCGCACAGGCAGGUUCGUCGCAUACUCUGGACGGGGCUGGGGCUUGCCGUGGCGCAAGCCGGGCUGUUCUUCCGCCUGACGUUCUGGGAAUUCUCGUGGGACGUGAUGGAGCCCAUAGCCUUCUUCACAACAAUGACGGGGAUUGUAAUAGGCUACGGCUACUUCUUGUGCACUUCCCGGGACCCGAGCUAUCAAGAUCUUCUCAAGAGGCUGUUCCUCUCCAGGCAACGGAAGCUCAUCAAGAAGUAUAAGUUCGAUAUCCAGAGGUUCUUGGAGCUGCAGAGCAGGUGCAAGGUGCCGCUGCACCACUCGUGCUCUGCAAUCAAGAGACGGAUAGGAGUCGAGCUCGAGCCCGAGGAUCUCUUACAUGAUCAUUGAAGGUGUGAUCCACAGAUCCUUCAAAUUACUGAAUCAAAAUUUUACAUCAGUGAAUCAAAAUCUUUACCUAUUGAUUCGACUACUUACGGCGAUACUAUGUGACUUGUUUGAACAGGCAAUGUAAUACAUACAAAAUUCGCAUAGUUUUUUAAUACUAACCAUCAUUUCAAUUUUCA